AUGGGCUACAAAAAACAACGACGUGUUUACGUGCGAAAGCGUGGGUAUGACCAACGAAUCUCAUCAGAAAAAGAGAUUGUAUCGGAAGAAGAAGAAAUUACACAGGAUAACGAUGAUAAUAUUGAACUUACUCGUUUUGUUGGUAAGAUGAAAUUCGAUGAUAUUGGAGAUAUGUUAGAAUUAACUAAAGAUAAAAUUGGUUUAAAAUUUGUUACCGUAUUAUUAUAUAUGAGUCUUCGUCAUUUUGAUGUAAGUUGGGUUAAAUGUGAUGAUUUUUUUAAAAAUACUGGUGCAUUGGCGACUAAAACAGCUAAUAAAUGGGCUAAUAUUUUUUUAUCUGGUAGUUUUGAUGAAUUUCUUAGUGAAGGUCGAGGCGGAGAACAUGUUCCUAGUUUUUACGAUGUUUGUCCUGAUAUUGAAUUAUCAGCUAAAAACUAUUCUAUCCAACGAUGUGCUGCAAAAGCAGCUGAUUUUGAUGCAUUUGAAUUAGCUAAAUUUAUUGAUGAACAAUUUUAUAUGCUAACUGGUAUUAAAAAAGAUUCGAAUGAUUCAUUAAUUCGUACAGUACAAUCAUGUCGUCUUGACCUUCGGAGGUGGAGUGCUCAUUUCAAAUCUAAUUCACAACGUCCAUACUUUGAAGGUCAUGAGCGACAAGACGUAGUCCGGCACCGUACAAAAUUUUUACAGCAUUUUCUUUCGACAAAAGAUUCAUAUUACUUAAUAAGCGAAGGUGCUCAGUCAAAAUGGGAAAUACCCAAAGUUAGGACACCAACUAUUCUGAUCUUUCAUGAUGAGAGUACUUUUCGAAGUGGCGAGGUGUCAGCUAUAUGCUGGUUAUACGGUGAUCACACGCCGUUUUAUUCUAAAGGCCGUGUCCAGCUGAAUAUAAAAGAGCAAAAACAAUAUCCAGAAUUAGAUGAAGAACAAGAUAUUGAUUAUAUAGAACGUUCGACUAGUGCUUCUAUCCAUGUUACUUCUGAUGCUUAUUUUGAUAAUUCAACAACAUUAACACAAUCCGAAAGAUUAUUUCAAUUACUUGAAUUCAAAGAAUGUUUUAAAAAUCAUGAAAUUGAAAUUAUAGUUGAUAAUGCUACGACUCAUUCAGCUCGUCCUUAUCAUCUACUAGAUUUUGGGAAAGGGGUUUCGACACGUUGUCCUGUAGAUGAACUUCAAUGGAUAGAUAGUAAGGGUGUAAUAAAAUCAUUACCAUGUUAUAUUCAGCAGGGUUCUGAUCGAGGAAAAUCCAAAGGUUUAUUUAAGAUUGCAGUUGAACUUAACUGUAAUCCAUCACCAAAAGCAACAUUAAGUGAAUUACAUCAGUUAUUAGCUAAUCAUCCAGCAUUUCAAAAUGUAGUUUUGCCUAUCUAG